AUGGCGGCGACUGUGGUGGCAGCGGGGUCCGGGCCAGCCGAGGGGACCGAGUUUGCCGAGAGGUCCCCGGGGUCGGCGGCGGCCCUGGAGCUGUGGCUCAAUAAAGCCACAGACCCCAGCAUGUCAGAGCAGGAUUGGUCGGCUAUCCAGAAUUUCUGUGAGCAGGUGAACACUGAUCCAAACGGCUCAACACAUGCACCCUGGCUGCUGGCCCACAAGAUCCAGUCUCCACAAGAGAAGGAAGCUCUGUAUGCCUUAAUGGUGCUUGAGAUGUGCAUGAACCACUGUGGAGAGAAGUUUCACAACGAGGUGGCCAAGUUCCGCUUCCUGAAUGAGCUGAUCAAAGUGCUGUCCCCAAAGUACUUAGGGUCCUGGACCACAGAAAAAGUAAAAGGAAGAAUCAUUGAGAUCCUUUUUAGUUGGACGGUCUGGUUCCCAGAAGACAUCAAGAUCCGAGAUGCCUAUCAAAUGCUGAAGAAACAAGGAGUCAUAAAGCAAGAUCCCAAACUACCAAUGGACAAAAUCUUACCCCCACCUUCUCCCUGGCCCAAGAGCUCCAUCUUUGAUGCUGAUGAAGAAAAGUCAAAGCUUCUGACAAAGCUUCUGAAGAGCAGUCACCCUGAGGAUUUGCAGGCUGCGAACCAGCUGAUCAAGAAUCUAGUCAAGGAGGAGCAAGAAAAGUCAGAGAAGGUAUCCAAGAGAGUCAGUGCAGUGGAGGAAGUCCGCAGCCAUGUGAAGGUGCUGCAGGAAAUGCUGAGCAUGUACCGCAGGCCAGGGCAGGCCCCACCAGACCAGGAAGCCCUGCAGGUCGUCUAUGAAAGGUGUGAAAAGCUUCGGCCCACUUUGUUCCGGCUGGCGAGCGAGACCACAGAUGAUGAUGAUGCACUUGCGGAGAUUCUCCAGGCUAAUGACCUCCUCACCCAGGGAGUUCUCCUGUACAAAGAGGUGAUGGAGGGCCGUGUCACCUUUGGGAACACAGUGGCCAGUCCAGUGGGAGAGAGAUCUGCUUCCAAAGUGUUUAUGAAUCCAGAAGGCUGCACGGAGAACUGCCCCCUGAUAGAUUUGGAGGGGGACAGUGGAUCUGAGCAGGCUGGGUCUCUGGCACCAUCUUUACUCCAUCAGGACCUGGCAGCCUUAGGGAUCAGUGAUAUGCCUGCUGUGAACGAGGUUGCUCCUCAGAAUUGCUGUAAGGAAACAAAGAAUGCCACCCCCAGCACACGGCCAGCUGCCGUUGAGAGUCCUGCAGAAAGGAGCUGGCUGGAUCUCCUCUCCCCACAGCCCGCGCCGGGCCCUCUGAAUCGUGUUCUCCAGAAGAGUGUCUCCAAGGAAGUGUCACCAGUUACUAAGUCCUCUCCAGGUUGGUCCUGGGAGGAUGGCUCAUUGCCGUCUCCAUCUUCCCAGAGUACACCUCUGGCACAAAUAUUUGUCCCUUUGGAGUCUGUUAAGCCCAGCAGCCUGCCUCCUGUGAUCGUGUAUGACCGGAACGGAUUCCGAAUUCUGCUCCACUUCUCCCAGACUGGGGCCCCUGGCCACCCUGAGGUGCAGGUAUUGCUAUUGACCAUGAUGAGCACUGCUCCCCAGCCUGUGUGGGAUAUCAUGUUUCAAGUAGCUGCGCCCAAGUCCAUGAGAGUGAAGUUGCAGCCGGCAUCCAGCUCCAGACUUGCCGCGUUCAGUCCUUUGACACCUCCAGCCAUGAUUUCUCAGGUGCUGCUGCUUGAAAACCCACACAAAGAGCCUAUCCGCUUGCGGUAUAAGCUGACAUUCAACCAGGGUGGGCAGCCUUUCAGCGAAGUUGGAGAAGUGAAAGAUUUCCCAGAGCUGAGCGUCCUGGGUGCAGCCUGA